UACAUACACACACAUUUUAUUAGUGUUUCAGUCACAUGUAUAUCCAUCGUAUGAAUAGAAAUAAGGACAUUCUGUAUUUCAGAACGGAUGAAGAACAUUCACCAGGAUAAAUAAAAUUAUCAUCAUAAAUGGCUGGAUUAAAAUACACAAUAACAUUCAUUACUGUUAUCUGUUGGGGGUCAGUCGUAUCCAUAAAUGCCAAUUGGAGAAACGCGAUGGAGAUCUGUGUAUUAGGACAUCAACAGCCUUCAUCUGAGGACAAUGCUACAAAGAAUGGUUCUUGGGUGGGCAAAGUGAAAUAUUCGUUCCCUUGGGGUACCGGGAUUUUGCAGAUACAGACGGUCAACAAAAAUAAUACAUGUUCAGAUUGUGAUGCCCAGGGAAAUCAGUGCGAAUUUUGUAAUAAUCGUAUCCAGCUAAAUGGUAGUGUUGCAAUCCUUGAAGUUCUAAGAAAUUUGAAGUCCGGAAGACAUUAUAUACUUGCAGAGUUUGGAAAACAAUCUUUAAGUGGACUACCUCCACCCACACAGUGUAUGGUACACAGAGGCGCUUCACAUACCGAAUAUUUCUCUUGCAAUGAAAAGUAUGAUGAUGGAUGCCAUGAAUCGGGUGAAAAUUCCAGUACUUAUAUCACCAUUUCUUUUGAUAUGCAUUGUAAUGGUACAACACAAGCAGACAUGGAUUUUGUGAAAUAUGCCCCUGAAGAAAGCACUGGUGUCGAAAACGGAUUUCAUAGCAAGUUAAAGCCAGUAUGCUGUAAACCAUUACCAUUCUUCUGCUUCUCUGAGGAAUGCCACCUAAAAAACGAGCAGCGACCCAGAGACCCCCAGGGGGUUGGGAUGAAACGUAAUCGUCGGACAACAGCUCAACUCCAGGAACGAAGUCCAAAUCACACGGCCACCUCUUGGACGGAUCGACUAGCCCCUGCAGAGGGGCAGCCACAGCCCCCUGAGGAGAUCCUCGAUUCCCAAUGGAUAAUACACAGGAUAACCCGGCAGUUGAGGAGCAUGAAUAUUGAUGUGGUGUGUGUCCACGUAUACUCUCAAUACAUCAGCCAGCAGGAGAGUUGACAACAGUAUCAAGGACAGAUGCCAAAUCUAGGGCAAUCAACACAUCAUGUGGUACCGGAAAACAGGAUAAAGAAACGAACUACAUCUAUUUUCAUUUCAUGUUAAAUCGAUGACAUUGUUAAUCUUGUUUUAAAUUAUCACAUUAAAACACAUUAAUCUAAUCCCGUGGGGAUCCGGGUUAGAAGAGGUCCUCAGUAUCCCUUGCUUCUCGAAAGAGGCCACUAAAUGGGGUGGAAUGGGACGGUCCUUCGGAUGAGACUGCAAAAACCGAGGUCCCGUGUCACAGCAGAUGUUAAUAAAAAUAAAUGUGUGAUAUUG